GUUCUUUCUCAGCAGUGUUGUUGCCUUUUGGCGACACGUUUUCCCAGUGAAUCCAUAGGCGGGACAAGCUGGGCUCAGACCUGGACCCCAUGUGGCAGCCUCAGCACUUGUGAAAAUCAGGCCAGGUACUGAGGGAACUGGGUACGGAUUAAAGAGCCGAAAUGUAGAUGCUUCUUCAUAAACCUUAACUCAGGCGUUUCCCCAGGACAGCAGAGUCUGGAACAGCUGUCUGCAGGGGAAGAAUCUGAGCUAAAUGGAGGAUUGAAAUGGACAUAAGCCCCUUCUGAAACCUCCAACUUCCCUUCUCACCCUGUCAGGCCGCAGAACCAUGUCCACGUUUCGCUGGAGAUCAUCCCAUCCUGCCAGGUGCCUGGGAAGGGAAAUGGCUGCAGCAGAGCCGGUGACCUUCAAGGAGGUGGCUGUGUAUUUCACAGUGGAGGAAUGGGCCCUGCUGGACCCAGGUCCGAGAGCUCUGUACUGGGAUGUCAUGCAGGAGAAUUAUGAGACCAUGACCUCGCUGGGAUUUCCAGUUUCCAAACAAGACCUCAUCUCCUGGCUGGAAGGCGGGGAGGAGCUGUGGGUCCCUGAUCUCCAGGGCUGUGAGGAAAGGGAGAUCCCAAGUGAUGCCCACACAAGUGAAGAAUCACCCAACUCAGAAACCAAUUGCUGUAUCCUUUUAGCAGACAUUACUCAUGCAUUUUCAUUACGCCUGUCUGACCCUUCAGCUCCUGCUGUCAUCUGUACUCAAGGGGUGUGGAGGAAGGAUGGGUCCCUUUCUCUCUUCUCUGGAGCAGGAUAUGGGUGGAGUAGGAUUCAGCUCUGAAUAGUUCAGUAUCCCCAGCAGUUAUUUGGGUGUCUUCCCCUCUUUCCUGUUCCCUUUUGAGGUUCCCUGUCCCCCGGCACAGGAACUGACUCCUGUCUGGAUUCUCUCUCUGUCCUAGCAAGUGAUGGGACGGUGAGUGAGAACGAGGAGAAGAAUCCUCAGCAGGAAGAUCCUGAGCGAGUGGAACCACAGGGAACGGUAUCGGGAAGAGGUGAAGGGGACAUUUCCCAGAGUCCCAAGCAGGGAGAAACCCAUGAGAGUCAAAGCAGUGCAGAGAGGCAGCAGGGAAACCACUUGGAGGAGACACUGGUUAAAUCCACUCAGCAGAAGAGGAGUGAAGAAAGUCAAAGAAACUGUUCAACAGAGAAUCCACACUGGAGAGAAAAGCUUCUGGUACAGAUCAGAGCUUAUUAGACAUCAGAGAAUCCACACGUGCAAAAGCCCUUACAAGUGUCCAGACUGAGGGAAAAGCUACAGACACAGGUCAACCCAUAGUGGGCAUCGUACGCUGCACACAGGAGAGAAGCCCUAUAAGUGUCCUGACUGCAGGAAAAGCUUUGGUCAGUGCUCACUCCUUACUCAGCAUCAGAGACUCCACAGAGGGGAGAAACCCUACAAAUGCUGUGAGUGCGGGAAAAGCUUCAGUCGGAACUCAAACCUAUCACAUCACAGAACUCACACAGGAGAGAAACCCUUUAACUGCGGGAAAAGCUUCAGAUACUGGUCAACCCUUUUCAAGCAUCAGAGAAUCCACACAGGAGAGAAGCCCUAUAACUGCCCUGACUGCGGGAAAAGCUUUGCUCAGCACUCAGCCCUUAAUAAACAUCAGCGACUCCACGAAGGGGGGAGACCCUACAAAUGCAAUGAGUGUGGGAAAAACAUCAGCUGGAAACAUCUCCAAUCACAUCAGAGAAUCCACACAGGAGAGAAGCCCUAUAAGUGUGCUGAGUGUGGGGAAAGCUUCAGGAACAGUUCAAUCCUUAUUCUCCAUCACAGAACCCACACGAGAGAGAGACCCUAUGAAUGUAGUGAGUGCAGGAAAAGCUUCCGUCAGAAGAACGCCCUUCUAUCACAUCAGAGAACCCACACAGGAGAGAGACCAUAUGAAUGUCUUG